ACAGACCCGCUGAAGUAAACACGGUGACCUUUGUCUCAGUUAAACUUCAGUCCACAGGUUGAAGUGGUAGAAGAGACCGGUGUGUGCAGGACAGAGACAUCAGAGACCGGCUGGUGGAGGACGGAGACAUUAGAGACCGGCUGGUGCAGGACAGACUUCAGACCCGGAGCAGAGGAACCGAACCCAACCGGAGAACUCUGCAUGUUCUCAUGCUAACGUCAGAGGAACCACAAAGUUCCAGCUGUAAGCGGCUAGCUCCGUUAGCCCCCUUAGCUCCGUUUGAUGUGUUAGCCCUGUUAGCUCUGUUAGCUCCGGCUCGUUGGAUCAAAGUACAACAACGGAUAUUCAACAUGUUCGAUCUGUGACAAGCUGCUACACUCCGAACUGUUCCAGGCUAACGCUAACAAACCCGGACUAAGCUAACCCGGACUAAACUAACCCGGACCUAACUAACCGGAGCUUCACUCAACAGGUUCACCGGGAUCUAAUCUGCAGCACGAAGGAGACUUUACCGUUACAACGUCAACUAGUUUACUGAGGUGGAGCCUCACACUCAGAGGUCAGCAUGUUGUUUCCGUGACGACGACCCUGCUGUCCUCCCUGGACUCCUGUGACCCGCUGCUGUUCCUGCUUCUGUCCUCUGAUUGGUCGGCUGUUGCGUCUCUGACAGGAUGCAGCUGGACGGUCACAUGUUAAGGCGGAGCUCCAGACUCAAGAAGCUGACGGCUGUGCUACUCGCCGCGUAUGCCGUCAAAAAACUGUCCCCAUACGUCUGGAGGAGGAUACAGAGAAGUGCAGCAGGUAAACAGCCGGGUGGAGCUAACCUGGCUGUAGGCGUGGUCACUUCCUCUGAGGAGAACAGCAAAGAAAAAAAGAAUGUCACCAGGUCUCCUUCAGUCAACAGGGACUUUCUCCUCAGACUGUCUCGUCUGUUGAAACUUUUGUUUCCUCGGUUACUAUGUCCCGAGGUCGGCCUGUUGGUUCUGCACUCUGUCACUCUGAUGUCCAGGACCUUCCUGUCCAUCUACGUUGCUGCUCUGGACGGUGUGAUCGUCAGGUGUAUCGUGCAGAAGGACCCUCAGGGGUUCAUGCUGCAGAUCUCCAAGUGGCUCCUCGUCGCUGUUCCUGCCACUUUCAUCAACAGCACCAUUAGAUUCCUGGAGGGUCAGCUGGCUCUUAGGUUCAGGAGCCGAUUGGUCAACCACGCCUACCAGCUGUACUUUACCAACCAGACAUAUUACCGCGUCAGCAACAUGGACGGUCGUCUGUCCAACCCUGACCAGUCUCUCACUGAAGACAUCGUCAUGUUCUCAGCGUCAGUCGCUCACCUCUACUCCAACCUGACCAAACCCAUCCUGGACGUGGUCGUCACCUGCUACACGCUGCUGCGUACCGCCCAAUCCAAAGGAGCAAACACCACCUGGCCCUCCGUCAUCGCUGGCCUGGUGGUGGCGUUCACCGCCAACGUCCUGCGUGCAUGUUCGCCACGAUUUGGGAAGCUGGUUGCUGAAGAGGCGAAGAGGAAAGGAGACCUGAGGUACAUGCACUCACGCAUCAUCGCCAACUCUGAGGAGAUCGCAUUCUAUGGAGGACACAAGGUGGAGAUGGCCCAGCUGCAGAGGAGCUACUCGUCUCUGUCGUCUCAGAUCCAUCAGAUCCUGUUGAAGCGUCUCUGGUACGUCAUGUUGGAACAGUUCCUCAUGAAGUACGUCUGGAGCGCGUCCGGCCUGGUGAUGGUUGCUGUGCCCAUCAUCACCGCCACAGGAUACUCCAAAUAUGACUCUGAGGAGGUGAAGCAGGCUGCCAUGGUGAUGAAGGAGGAGGAGCUGGUGAGUGAGAGGACGCAGGCGUUCACCACGGCGAGGAACCUCCUGAACGCUGCUGCCGAUGCUGUGGAGAGAAUCAUGAGCUCAUACAAGGAGGUGACCGAGCUGGCAGGUUACACAUCUCGAGUCUCUGAGAUGUUGGACGUGUUUGAAGACGUGAAUCAGGGCAUCUACCGUCGCAAUGGGGACCGAGAGGAGGUCUCACCAGGAGGCGGAGCUGUGAUCCAACACGGUCACAGAGUCAGACGACUGCAGAACAGAGGUCAAGUGAUCAGUGUGGAGAAGGGGAUUCGCUGUGAGAACUUACCAAUCAUCACACCGACCGGAGACGUGGUGGUGACCAGCCUCAACAUUCAGGUGGAUGAGGGGAUGAAUGUAUUGAUCACAGGUCCGAACGGCUGUGGGAAGAGUUCUCUGUUCAGGAUCCUCAGUGGACUGUGGCCUGUUUAUGGAGGAGUUCUGUAUCGUCCAGAACCUCAGCACAUGUUCUACAUCCCUCAGAGGCCCUACAUGUCAGAGGGAACCCUCAGGGACCAGGUGAUCUACCCAGACUCAGUGGAGGAGAUGGUGCAGAGAGGAAUCACUGAUUCACACCUGGAGGAGAUUCUUCAAACUGUUCACCUGGUCUACAUCCUAGACCGAGACGAAGGUUGGGAGUCGGUCAGCGACUGGAAGGACGUCUUAUCUGGAGGAGAGAAACAGAGGAUGGGGAUGGCCCGUAUGUUCUACCACUGCCCUCGUUACGCUUUGUUGGACGAAUGUACGAGCGCUGUCAGCAUCGACGUGGAGGGACACAUCUUCCAGGCUGCAAAGGAUGCUGGGAUAGCUCUGCUCUCAAUCACACACAGACCGUCCCUGUGGAAGUACCACUCUCACCUGCUCCAGUUUGAUGGAGAAGGAGGAUGGAGGUUUGAACCUCUGGAUGCCUCCACCCGUCUGUCUCUGCAGGAGGAGAAGCACCGUUUGGAGAACCAGCUCUCUGGGAUUCCUAAGAUGCAGCAGAGACUGACGGAGCUGUGUGUCCUGCUGGGAGAGAGAGGGGGGGAGGAGGAGGAGGAGCAGGAGGAGGAGGGGUGUCUCUCUCCUGAGUUUUAACUGUGAUUUAAGAACUGUGCUGUUUUUACUUGUUACCAUGGAAACAAGCAACUGUUCAUGUGACUGAAACUGAUGUUCAAGUGGUCUGAUCUGAUGUGGUCUGGUCUGGUCUUGUUUGGUCUGGUCUUGUUUGGUCUUCUUUACUGUUAAAGUGAAUUUGAUCUGUAAUCUUCAGAUUCAGUCACAUGAUCAUGAUGAGAGGUCAGAGGUCAUGUCAUUUCUAAUAUGUUUGUACUGAUAGAAUCAAUAUUUUAUAUAUAUUAUAUUAUAAUCAAGCACUUGAUCAAUGAAUCAAUAAACAAGAGAAAGAUUUGAAUGUGAUGAAGAUGAAAUAAAAUAAA